UGAAGGUGAAAUCACAUGACUCCCCGACUACAAAAGUCAACAAAGCAGAAAAUGGACGUGUUUCCGAGAACCGUUCCAGGGCAGGAUUGUUGACGACAUGCAGCCGCGGAUGGAGUCCCCGAACCCCGGUCCUGUGGAGCCGCCGCCGCAGGUCCGGAGGAGCGUCGCGGCGGUCAGUCGGCCGGCGCAGGCGGCCGCGCGGCUCUCGCUGCCCGGGGUCAUGGACGCGGAGGGGCGGGUGGACGAGUCCAGGCUGCGGAUGCACGUCUUCAAAAACGGCGGCUUGCCUCCCUCUGAGCGCGGGCUGGCCUGGCGCUUCCUGUUCGGCAUGUACCCGUGCAGUUCUACCGCUCUGGAGCGCCCCCUGCUGCAGGAGCAGAUGGCUGUACGGUACCAGGUCAUGAAGAGAAAAUGGCAGCAGUUCCUGCCCGCUGCCGUCCCUCUGCAUCUCAACGGCACGGAUGCUGAGCUGGUGGCAGCUGUCCGGUACUUUGACCAGAGGCAGGCCCAGGUCCAGCAGCAGGAUCAGCCUGAGGAGGUCCGCGAUCGCCGGAGCUUCUUAAUGCUGCAGGCUCAGAUCCUGUUUGAGCGUGAGGCGCUGGAGCAGGCGGAGCUGCAGGAGGCCGUCAGGAUCAUAGACAAGGACGUGCCCCGCACCAGCCGAGACCUCAGCUUCUACCAGGACGAAGGUUUGGGGAACCUGCUGGUGUUGAGAGACAUCCUCAUCACGUACGCUGCCUUCCACCCAGAGGUGGGCUACGCUCAGGGGAUGAACGACCUGUGCAGCCGCUUCCUGGAGGUGCUGGACUCGGAGGUGGACACCUUCUGGAGCUUCUCCUGCUACAUGGAGAAGUUCUCCAAGGACUUCAGGGCGGACGGGCUGACCAGAAAAAUAGAAUUGGAGGCUGCUUUAUUGAAGGAGUUGGACCCUCCGCUCUAUGAUCACCUGGUGACCGACGGCAUGGAGAGCUUCACCUUCUGCCACAGAUGGUUGCUACUGGGCUUCCAGAGAGAGUUCGCCUACAGCGACGCCCUGCGCUUGUUCGAAAUCCUCAGCUGUGAUCACCUGGAGCUCAUUUCUCAACAAGUGGACCGAGCCCGGUAUCAGGAACGUCUGGCUCAACAGUCCUGCGUCGAUGCAGAUGAGGAGUCCGAAGCUGAGCCCGAGCUUCAGGCCGUCAACACCGACUUCACCUUUGAGCUUUUCAUUUGUGCUGCAAUCUUGUUGGAAAACCGAGAGAAUCUCCUGCGGUGUAAAGAUGAAGUCCAGCUCAUCCAGUUCACCACCAGCCUGCAGGGAACUCUGGACCUAAACCACACACUGCAGAAGGCGGAGCAGCAUUUCUAUAACUACUGCAAGAGCUGCGCCUGGGACUACCUGAACGCACGCUGCGGCUCCCAGAAGAGCAAAGAGGAGGACUUCUUUUACUUGCUGCGAAGUUUAUUUGUUUUAAAAUGAGAAACAAGCUGGAAGCGCUGCUGCUACCUUCAGUACUGUAUUAUUCUAUUUAUUUAUAAAGACAUUUCCCAAAACUGACGCCUUGAGUGUGCGCUUGUCAGAGUGUGGGGGCCAAAGGUGGCCCUCGGCCCGAGUGUCAAUGUUCACAAUUCUGACAGGUUUGGGGUGCAAUACUUAAACUGUCCCGCUGUUAAUGAGUCUGUUUUCAUGUAUUAAUUCAACUCUUAAAAAUGAUUUCCAUUAGCAUUUACUGCAUACAGAAUCACUAUAAAAUACAAUGCUAAGAUUACAAAUGUUUUGGUUCAGUAAUUUUUAUAGAUUUAUAUUCCCAAGAAAACCUUUGUUUACUCCUUUAUGUUUUGAUCUUGCUGAAUAAUGGUUAUAAAUAUUUUUUGUGUUCAUUGAAAGCAUCAUAUUUUCCUCAGAUAUUGAUUCAUAUCAGAAUAUUUAUGUUCAUAUUACGAAAUGAUAACUUCAUUUCCUGGU